GGUGUGGAGCGCGGGGAGUCUCCUCCAUCCCCAUCUCCAUCCCCGGCGGGGGCCAGCGCCGAGCAUCGGGGCUCCUCACGGGCCCGGAGGCUCGUCAAGGCUGCGUGAUGGCGGACAAGGCGCUGGAGGCCGUGGGCUGUGGACUCGGGCCGGGGGCUGUGGCCAUGGCCGUGGCGCUGGAGGACGGGGCGGAGCCCCCGGUGCUGACCACGCACCUGAAGAAGGUGGAGAACCACAUCACAGAAGCGCAGCGCUUCUCUCACCUGCCCAAGCGGUCCGCUGUGGACAUCGAGUUCGUGGAGCUGUCCUAUUCCGUGCGGGAGGGGCCCUGCUGGCGCAAACGGGGUUAUAAGACCCUUCUCAAGUGCCUGUCGGGUAAAUUCUGCCGCCGGGAGCUGAUUGGCAUCAUGGGCCCCUCGGGGGCUGGAAAGUCCACUUUCAUGAACAUCUUGGCAGGGUAUAGGGAGUCUGGAAUGAAGGGUCAGAUUCUGGUCAAUGGGAGGCCGCGGGAGCUGAGGACCUUCCGCAAGAUGUCCUGCUACAUCAUGCAGGAUGACAUGCUGCUGCCUCACCUCACAGUGCUGGAAGCCAUGAUGGUCUCUGCCAACUUGAAGCUGAGUGAGAAGCAAGAGGUGAAGAAGGAGUUAGUGACAGAGAUUCUCACAGCACUGGGCCUGAUGUCCUGCUCCCACAUAAGGACGGCCCUGCUCUCUGGCGGGCAGAGGAAGCGCCUGGCCAUCGCCCUGGAGCUGGUCAACAACCCACCUGUCAUGUUCUUUGAUGAACCUACCAGCGGUCUGGACAGCGCUUCUUGUUUCCAAGUGGUGUCCCUCAUGAAGUCUCUGGCCCACGGGGGCCGCACCAUCAUCUGCACCAUCCACCAACCCAGUGCCAAGCUCUUUGAGAUGUUUGAUAAGCUCUACAUCCUGAGCCAGGGCCAGUGCAUCUUCAAGGGCGUGGUCACCAACCUGAUCCCCUAUUUGAAGGGGCUGGGCUUGCAUUGUCCCACCUACCACAACCCAGCUGACUUCAUCAUUGAGGUGGCCUCUGGCGAGUAUGGAGACCUGAACCCCAUGCUGUUCAGGGCUGUGCAGAAUGGGCUGUGCGCUAUGGCCGAGAAGAAGAGCAGCCCUGAGAAGAAUGAGGUCUCUGCCCACUGCCCCACUUGCCCUCCGGAAGUGGAUCCCAUUGAAAGCCACACCUUUGCCACCAGCACCCUCACCCAGUUCUGCAUCCUCUUCCGGAGGACCUUCUUGUCCAUCCUCAGGGACACGGUCCUGACUCACUUGCGGUUCAUGUCCCACGUGUUGAUCGGCGUGCUCAUUGGUCUCCUCUACCUGCAUAUCGGCGACGAUGCCAGCAAGGUCUUCAACAAUACUGGGUGCCUCUUCUUCUCCAUGCUGUUCCUCAUGUUUGCAGCCCUCAUGCCAACUGUGCUCACCUUCCCCUUAGAGAUGGCAGUCUUCAUGAGGGAGCACCUGAACUACUGGUACAGCCUCAAAGCAUAUUACCUGGCCAAGACCAUGGCGGACGUGCCCUUUCAGGUGGUGUGCCCUGUCGUGUACUGCAGCAUCGUGUACUGGAUGACUGGCCAGCCAGCUGAGACCAGCCGAUUCCUGCUUUUCUCAGCCUUGGCCACAGCCACCGCCUUAGUAGCUCAGUCUUUGGGACUGUUGAUUGGAGCCGCCUCCAACUCCCUCCAGGUGGCCACCUUUGUGGGCCCAGUGACUGCCAUCCCUGUCCUCUUGUUCUCUGGCUUCUUCGUCAGCUUCAAGACCAUCCCCACCUACCUGCAGUGGAGCUCUUACCUCUCCUACGUCAGGUAUGGUUUUGAGGGUCUGAUCCUGACCAUCUAUGGUAUGGAGCGAGGAGACCUGACCUGCCUGGAGACACAUUGUCCGUUCCAGGAACCACAGAGCAUCCUGCGAGAGCUGGAUGUGGAGGAUGCCAAACUCUACAUGGACUUCCUGGUCUUGGGCAUCUUUUUCCUGGCCCUACGGCUGCUGGCAUAUCUUGUGCUCCGCUACCGGGUCAAGUCUGAGAGAUAGAGCCUUGCCCCUGCCCCUGCUGGGCACCUGGUCCCUACAGGAAGAAGUUCCCAGCCCCAGCCCUUUGGGACUGUUUUAACCUUGUAGACUUGGGCACUGGCUGCUGGUGCAGCCGCCCUCCCCUUCCUUGGCUGCUCCACAGGCUGGCUGCAGGCCAGCGCUCUCAGCCCUGGAGGAGGGCUCCAGCUCUCCCCAUCAAGUCCAGGAGUCUUCCGAAGUCGAUACGGUUUGUAGCUUCCUCUCUCCUCUCUCCCACACCUGCAUGCAAAGACCACUGGGAGGCUGCCACCUUCCUUCCUGCCUAUAGCACCUUCCUCUGUUGUCUGCGCAGGGGCCUCAGGCUCUCUGGGCCUCAACUUACAACUGAUCCAAGUGGUCCCUUCAGCGGGGGUCCCAACCAUAUCAAUGUGUGUAAACCAGGCUGCUAUAAGGUUGGAGCUCCAGGGCUGGGUCCUGGGGGUGGGGGGGUGAGGUCCCUAGGGAGUUCUGUCACGGACAUUGGAUGGAGCAGGGAGGGGGACUCUGGAAGUCUCUCCCUCUCACCUACCCCUGACCCUGGCUGAUUUGGAUAAUCUGCUGGGACAGAAGCUGGGUUUUCUGUCUGGGUCACUACUCUCAAUCCUGGGGAUUGGGGAGACCAGAAAAUGUCCCAUCCGUCUCCCUAUAUAUUCGGUCAGAAUAGGACUGGAUGACAUCUCUGCAAUAACGCCCCUGUCUCUUUCACACCUGCCAAUGGAACUGGAGAAUGCACUUUAUUUUUGAGGGGGGAGGUGAGCCAGGGAAGACCCAAGCAAGCCUCCCUUCUCACUGCUCCUGAUGCACAGUUCCACAGAUUCCUUCCCUCUCCAGACUCACAGGCGCGUGCAUGCAUACACACACACACACACACACACACACACACACACACACGCGCGCGCGCGCGCGCAGGCAAUCAGCACACACAUGCACCAGGCUCUAUGGCCCAGAGGAAGAGUGAAGGUGGCACAGAAGUGGUGGGGUAGUGGUAGUUGCUUUGGAGAGGGCAAUGCCAGUUGCCUCCUAGAGAUCCCAUUUUGGACACUAAGGAUGAGGCUGGUUCAUCCCAGAGUGACCCCAGGAUCUGCAGGUGUCUAUCCCCUCCAGUCUUCCCUCUCUCCCAAGCCAGGGGUGGCACUGGGCACUAGCCUUCUGGAGGUCAGGACCCAACAAGCACAAGCACAGGCAUCAGCUUUGCCACCGCCACCCUGUAACCCUUCCUUUUGUGCUCCAAGCUGGCGCUCUCGCUGUCCUGCCCCUUUCCCAGCUGCUGCUGCUCAUUCAAGCUCUCUGUCCAUGUCUCUGCACCCUUUUCUCAUCAGCAGCUGGCUCCUGGGCAUCAGAACAGCAGGCCCUGGGCACCAAGGUGGAAGACACACCUAGAGCAUAUCUGGUUUCCUGGUGGGUCCAGGCUCCUCCUCCUGGUCCCCCUCCCCAGGGCUCGUUCCCCUUCCCUGUGCUUUCCUCUCUGCACCCUCCACUCUACCACAGGUUCGUCUCAUUACACAGACCAGUUGUAUUUGUGGGAUUUCACCCAUUAUUAAUAAAACCUAUAUUUAUACAGUA